UAAAAAUUCACAUAAAUAUUUCAAACUUGUCACCUAACAAAUUCUUGACCGUACGUCACCAUUCUCUAAUCCAAUCCAAGCCGUUUAAUUUUAAUUCAAUAUUAGCCACACGAUCGAAAAAAUCCAACGGCUGAGAGAGAAUUACUAGAACCUUCUCAUUUCCUUCCUCCUAUAUUAUCCCAACCAAGUAAUCCAUUAUCAUUCGCAAAAGCUUCGAACCGAGCUUGUGGUCUCCUCGUGCCAGUCCAGUUCUCUGUUAGGGUUUCAAUCCGAUUCAAUCUCUCCACUCAAUUUUUUUUGCUCAGAGUCGUGAUCAUGGCGAAAUGCUAUCCAGUUGUUAGUGAAGAGUACAAGAAGGCUGUUGACAAGGCGAAGAGGAAGCUUAGAGGACUCAUCGCUGAGAAGAACAUUGCUCCUCUCAUUCUUCGUCUCGCAUGGCAUUCUGCUGGAACUUUUGAUGUGAAAACCAAGACCGGUGGUCCUUUUGGAACCAUGAAGAACCCGGCUGAGCUUGCUCACGCUGCCAACAAUGGUCUUGAUAUUGCUGUUAGGCUUUUGGAGCCAAUCAAGGAACAGUUCCCCAUUCUUUCUUACGCUGAUUUCUAUCAGUUGGCCGGUGUUGUCGCAGUUGAAGUCACCGGUGGACCCGAAGUUCCUUUCCACCCAGGAAGACAGGACAAGCCUGAGCCUCCACCAGAAGGCCGUCUUCCUGAUGCCACCAAGGGAUCUGACCAUUUGCGUCAAGUUUUUGGCACAAUGGGCCUCAGUGAUGUGGACAUUGUUGCUCUUUCUGGUGGACACACCCUGGGAAGGGCACACAAGGAGCGUUCUGGUUUCGAGGGACCUUGGACUACCAAUCCUCUCAUCUUCGACAACACCUACUUCACUGAACUCUUGAAUGGUGAGCAGGAAGGCCUUCUACAGCUUCCAUCAGACAAGGCUCUUCUUUCAGACCCUGUCUUCCGCCCUCUUGUUGAGAAAUAUGCUGCGGAUGAAGAUUGCUUCUUUGCUGAUUAUUCCGUAGCUCAUCAGAAGCUCUCCGAGCUAGGAUUUGCUGACGCCUAAGCAAGUUGGGUCAUGUCAUCAAGGAUGUUGCCAUUGUCUUCAUUUUAAUGGGAGUUAUUUUUCUUUUUUCCAAAUAGAUGCAGUUGUUUUGACUGUUGGUAAAAAAAAAGGGAAAUUAGAAGGCUCUUUAUUUUUGGGUUUUGUUGUUGAACUAAAAGAUAUUUGUGUAUGCCGCAGUGGCUAUCAUCCUUUUGAUUAAAUAACUAUGUUUCUUCUUCUUUGGAUAUAAUAAUGUUCCACUUUUCCAUA